GCAGUGUGGGGCGAGGCGCGCCAUGCAGAAGCUCUUAGUAUGCGCCGCGAUGCCCAACUGCAGCCCACGCAAUUCCAUGGUGGUGGAUGUAAAUGACAGAUGAGAGACGCGGGUCGAGCAGGCAACUCCACACGACCGCGACAAGAUGGCACAAUCGCUAGACAUGCGAGUCAAAUAAGGAAAGAAAAAAAAAGAGAUGACCACUCACCGCCGUCACAUUAAGAGGAGCCAAACUGGAUACAAUCUCGUUCAUCUGCGCAUCAAGCGAAUCACGCACUCCAACCUGUAGGCUGCAUCUCGGUAUGUAUCCGUGACGGGAGGUGAGGGCGGUAAUUCCUGCGUCCUCAUCCCUCAUACCCCUCACUGCCUUGCUGCAGAGUGCAAGAUUUGGGUGAUGUAUGGCUGGAAGAAAAGGGAAGCUGCUGGCUGGACGGCGAGGGGUGACUUUGGACACUUCUGCUGGUCCUGUUGUGUUUCGCCACCGUCGAUUGUAAGCCAGUCUUACAAAGGCACAGAUCUUUAUAGGCGUAUCUCCUGUGGCCAAACGUGGCCCCGCCCCAUUUAAAAGCUGCAGGUUCCAUCGCCCUCCAGCAUGACGGUUGCGACCAGCGACCCGGCAGACGAAGCGGCCGCGCAUCCCGGUCAGCCGCACGACCAUUACGACCCGGAGCCAGAUCAUGAGUGCUGCGAGAGGGUCGUUAUCAACAUCUCGGGCUUACGCUUUGAGACGCAGCUCAAGACCCUGUCUCAGUUUCCAGAGACGCUUCUCGGUGAUCCUAAGAAACGGAUGAGGUACUUUGAUCCACUUCGGAACGAGUACUUUUUUGACCGCAAUCGUCCAAGCUUUGACGCCAUUCUUUACUAUUACCAAUCUGGAGGGAGGCUGCGCCGGCCCGUUAACGUCACUCUUGAUAUUUUUUCCGAAGAGAUUCGCUUCUAUGAACUGGGUGAGGAAGCUAUGGAAAUCUUCAGGGAGGAUGAAGGUUUCAUAAAGGAAGAGGAGCGACCAUUGCCAGAGAAUGAGUUUCAGCGACAGGUGUGGCUGCUCUUUGAGUACCCCGAGAGCUCAGGUCCAGCUCGGAUCAUCGCCAUCAUCUCCGUCAUGGUGAUUCUCAUCUCUAUCGUUAGCUUCUGUCUAGAAACACUGCCAGUUUUCCGAAAUGAAGACGAGGAGUACAAUUAUCCCUUCCAACCCAAUUCCAACAUCACCACCACCUACGAGACCUCGCCGUAUUUUACUGAUCCUUUCUUCAUUGUGGAGACCCUGUGUAUCAUCUGGUUCUCGUUUGAGUUCCUUGUUAGAUUCUUUGCUUGUCCCAGCAAAGCUGGAUUUUUUGGCAACAUCAUGAACAUCAUCGACAUCGUGGCAAUUAUUCCGUACUUCAUUACCCUUGGCACAGAGCUGGCGGAGAGGCCGGAGGAUCGAGAGGCGGGACAGCAGGCUAUGUCCUUGGCUAUCCUCCGUGUUAUUCGUUUGGUCAGAGUCUUUCGCAUUUUCAAACUCUCCCGCCACUCCAAGGGGCUGCAGAUUUUGGGGCAGACUCUGAAGGCCAGUAUGCGCGAGCUGGGACUCCUCAUCUUCUUCCUCUUCAUUGGCGUCAUCCUUUUCUCCAGCGCUGUUUACUUUGCUGAAGCAGAUGAGCCCGAAUCCCAGUUCAGCAGCAUCCCAGAGGCCUUUUGGUGGGCAGUGGUAUCCAUGACGACCGUGGGCUACGGAGACAUGGUCCCGACAACCAUCGGAGGAAAGAUCGUGGGCUCUCUUUGCGCUAUCGCCGGCGUUUUGACCAUCGCGCUACCAGUGCCGGUCAUUGUGUCAAACUUCAACUACUUCUACCACAGAGAGACGGAGGGCGAAGAACAGGCUCAGUAUCUAAAUAUCCAGAGUGUGCCUAAAGCCAGCUCAGUUGAUGACCUGAAGAAGACCGGUCGGAGUGGCAGCGGGUCAACGCUCAGUAAGUCUGACUAUGUGGAGAUUCAGGAAGCUGUCAACCACAGCGCUGAGGACUUCAGACCCGAAGGCAUGAAAACGGGCAACUGCACUCUCGCCAACACCAACUAUGUCAACAUCACCAAGAUGCGCACGGAUGUAUAAUGUCAGUUAUAGGUGUUGAUUCGCCUGAUGUGGAGUCUGCAGAGACUGGGAAUGGGAGAAAAAGUAUGGCCAUAGAUGACCAGUAUUUGGAAGGCCAGAGCAGAUGAUUCGGCGCAAAGGUCAACAGGAGAAGACCUCACGAUCGCCCGUAUCGAAGGGACCUGGACCACAUCGUCCUUCUGGGAUAUCAUCGGCUUCUGCAUGGUAAUAGUCUUACUUUCCUGACAGUAGUUAUCCAGCUGGCAAAAGUAGCCAAAUAGUAGCCUAAGAAGUAAUAAUCAUUAGAAACCAUCGAAUGAGACGAAGACGACAACGCUCAAUCAGAUCAUCGUAAUGUUCAUUUCAAUGUAAAUUAGGGAUUACUUGAGUACAAAUUGGUUGUUCCGACUGGUCAGAGCACAGCAACCCUGUCAUGGGAACAACCGAGAAAGAUCCUCAUACCUGAUUACUUGACGAUUAAAAUCUGUAGGGCACUAACAUUCCCCCUUGGUCUUGUCCAGACCACUGGUCUCUGCUGAGCCUAACACAAUGGACCACAAGGAAGUGCUGAAUCUGCGAACCGCAACAACGCAUUACCUUUUCCCCCUUAUCCUCAGUGCUGCAUUAGUGGGUAUGCAGUCGUGAUGCAUUACCAAGCCUGGUUUGGUUUUUAGUCAAUGCAAACAUCUCUUCAAAGAGUGAAUGUCUCAUACGUGAAUCACAUUUCAUCAGGUGAUAUUUUGGCCUGAUUCUAUGAAAUGAACAAUACGGGAUACAAAAGUAUGUAAAGCGCAUUCAACAUUAGUGCCUAUUUGCGUAUUUUGUGUUUUGUUUGUUUAUCGUUGUACCUUUAAGUGUCUCUUUAACUGCCACACAGACCAAUUGCUACAGAAAUACUGCGUAGUUUAACACCACUGCCCAACAAAAACAAAGCUGUUCUUAACUUCAUAGCAUUCCAUCUUUGUAGAAAUGGACACAAUGUAAAAUUGCAACAAUGUGGUGAUAUUUUUGCAUUUUUUUUAGUAAUGCUUGCGGCAGCUGAGGUAACUACUUAAAUGUAUCGCUAGUUAAGACGCUCAGUGUAUUAACCCUACAAGCCCAAGGAAGCAUGAGUGACAAAUGAUUAAUAAUAGAAGAAAAAUUAGCAAGCUUUGUAGUAGUAUGCUUUGGCAUUCAAUACAGUAAUAAUGAAAUUAUUUUAUUUGCUCGCUGUUAUAUAUUGGAAGAACGCAUAUGUCCAUAAAUUGGUCAUAUACAGUAUAAAGCGCUGGAAAAAUUUACAAGAUGAGAUUUGGCUAUAUAUAAAUAAAUGU